UUAUAAAUUAAAAUAAUAAUCAUGAGCACCUUUGGCUACAUUUUUGGAGCAGGAAAUAAUGAAGAGAAGAGGAAGGAACCUGAAAUGAAAAUAGGCAAAAGCAAGGCAGACAAGAUUCCUGUUGUUAUUGAAUAUAUCUUGAAAUAAUACUGUACCUGGAGCAGGCCCAGCGAUCUUCUGUUUGAAACUACUUGUUCCAGAAGACUACACAUUCUUCGACUUCACCAUGGCUGUGAGAAAGAAGAUUCAAGCAGGAGCUGAAGAAAGCCUCGCCUUAUUUGUCAAUGGCUGGACACUAUUCCAAGGCAGCAAACCCAUGAAGGAAAUCUUUACCGUACAUAAAGCCUCAGAUGGGAUCCUGUACAGCAAAAUGGUCCUUGAGAACUUUCUAGGAUAACCUCAAUUUAUCUAACUACAA